CCUAGUUUCAUUUAUCUAUCUAUAACUCCGCCAUUGUAUCUUGGACUACACACGAACAACUACGUUACUAUUUAGCUCUCAAUUUACACCUUUUAGUAACGUUUAUACAGGUGGUAUGUGCUUGGCUGGAGCAGGGCCCGCCCUGUCCCCGUCGAUCAUGCCACUCCCACGGGGUGAGGUACAAACGCAACCCAGCAGAUGUUGGGUCCUGGUUGAACCAGGGGUAUCCGGCGAGAUAUUUACUCGUGAGCCACCUUUGUAUUUGGUCCACCUUGAGGUGGGCAGUUCUGCCACGCCCUCAGUUGCCUAGCUGCUCAGGCCGACACUAAGCUUGGAGACAUGGAUUCCAAGGCAGUGUUAGUGCCUGGGUGCCUUGAAGUAACUUGAGGAGAUUGGCUGUAUAAUGGAUUAAUAUUAAACAAAGGAUGUCCAGAUAUGAGAGCAGAGACAGGGGCUACGGAGGUAGUCGGGGCGGAGAUAGUAGGGGUGGGGGUGGAAGGAGUAGUUAUGGAGGCGGAGGCGGUGGGUAUGGUGGUGGAUAUGGAGGUGGUGGUGGCGGAUACGGAGGAGGCGGUGGUGGAAGUAUGAAAGGAAAGCAGCCUGGAGGAAAUCUCCGAGCUGUUAACUGGAAGAAUCAUGAUCUUAAACCCUUCACAAAGGAUUUCUACAACCCAGCUCCCCACAGCAAGAACGCUGACGUUAGGACCGUCGAGAAGUUCAGGAAUGAACACGAGAUCGUGAUCAUGAAGGGUUUGGAGAGAACCCCUAACCCUAUCUUCGAGUUUGCCGACGGAAACUUCCCCGACUACAUCAACAAAGAAGUUCAACGUGCUGGAUUUACCCGACCUACUCCUAUCCAGGCUCAAGGAUUCGCUAUUGCCCUCCAGGGUCAUGAUUUUGUCGGGAUUGCGCAGACCGGAUCCGGGAAAACUCUUGGAUUUAUGCUGCCUGGUAUUAUUCACUGUAAUAACCAGGAUUAUCUGGCCCGAGGAGAUGGACCUAUUGUACUUGUCCUUGCACCAACUAGGGAGCUCGCACAGCAGAUCCAGGAGGUUGCCCAGAAGUUUGGUCAAAGCAGUAGGAUUAAGAAUACUUGCGUCUUCGGAGGAGCCCCGAAGGGACCUCAGCUGAGGGACCUAGAGAACGGUUGCGAGAUUGUUAUAGCUACACCCGGUAGAUUGAUCGAUUUUCUGGAAAUGGGCAAGAUCAACUUGAGAAGAGUUACCUACCUGUGUCUGGACGAAGCUGAUAGAAUGUUGGAUAUGGGUUUCGAACCCCAGAUCAGGAAGAUUCUUGAACAGAUCCGACCUGACCGACAAGUUCUCAUGUGGUCCGCUACCUGGCCCAAGGAGGUUAAACAGCUUGCCCAUGACUUCUUGCACAAGGAUUACAUUCAUAUCAACAUCGGAUCCCAGGACCUGAGCGCUAACCACAACAUUUUACAGAUUGUCGACGUUUGUGAUGAGCACCAGAAAGAGUCUAAGCUAGCUAAGCUCCUUGAAGAGAUUGGUUCAGACGCUUCGGCCAAGAUUAUCAUCUUUGUCGAGACCAAGCGUAAGGCCGACGAGUUGACGCGUCUGAUGAGACGUGAUGGAUGGCCGGCCAUGUGUAUUCACGGAGAUAAACAGCAGAAGGAGAGAGAUUGGGUUCUUGGAGAGUUUAAAACCGGAAGUACAACCAUCUUGGUCGCUACAGAUGUCGCUGCUCGUGGUUUGGAUGUCGACGAUAUUAAGUUCGUUAUUAACUACGAUUACCCCAACAACAGCGAAGACUACAUUCACAGAAUAGGACGUACCGGCAGGAAAGGAAACACCGGAACCUCUUACACCUUGUUCACUCCAACCAAUGGAUCUAAAGCUAGAGAUCUAAUCAGCGUACUAACCGAAGCCAAGCAGGUUGUAAACCCACGACUUCAAGAAUUAGUCGGAGCUGGAGGAUUCAGAGGUAGAGACAGAUAUGGUGGAGGAGGUCGUGGUGGCGGACGAGGCGGUGGAGGUGGCCGAUAUGGUGGUGGCGGAGGAGGAGGUGGAAGAUGGUAACUUACUGAAAUAGAUAUUGUGCAUUUUCUGACCAAAUAUAUUGUUUGUAAAUUGUUCUAA